CUAGACCUCAACCUUAAAGAACAUAAAGGCUGAAUGAGAAGGCAAAGCUAGCAGCCUCUAAGUCAUUCUCAAUCCCAGGGGCCAGUCAGAAGUUUCCGAUUCCUAUUUAGAUAGUGUUGAAAGGCCUUCCUUUAUGGAUUCUUCUGUCUAUUGAGUCCCCAUCCAGUCAGCGACUGACUAAGAUUCAGUCUCAAGCUCGGUAUGAAAUGCCACUCUUAGUGAGUAGGCUAGCUAGGACAGUUAAGACUUUGAUCUUGAUACUAGCCCCCCCAUGAACAAAGUCCUGAUACAGAAAAGCCUAAGAUUCCUCUGUCUAUAUACACUGAGACGCCCUUUCAGUAGAAAACUUGUAAGUAUUUAUUUAGUUAGAGUCCAGCUGUGAUUGAGACAGAAAAGAAUGGUUUAGACUCCUAUUUACCGGGUAUUUAGAAAGGAAAGUCUUUGAAAGCCUUUACAGCAGUGGGAUAUGCAGCAGUAAAUUUAAGUAAGUCAGGGAUUUCCUUCUCCUCAGCUGUGUCGGAUGCAACUGAUGAAAGACCAGCAAGAAAGCAAGCAGUCAUUACUUACUAUCAAGUCCGGAAGAAAACCAUUUGGAAGGGACCGGAAAGCCUAAGAAUUUACUAAUCCCGCCUUUGAUUCACUUUCCACGCACUCAUAUUAUCUUCGCCUGUGAAUCACCUCAUCAUCAAAGAGAUUAUCUUAAAAUGCCCUUCAAAUCCCUCCGGGUAAUUAAUUAAUUCCGAAAGCCCUUAAAGCGCAGUUCCUAGUUCCUGCCUAGUCCCUAACUUCCUCGAGUGCUACACUACAAGUCUUUCUUCCAAGUCUAAAUUACGUAGGCCUCAAAGUAAGUAAGAAGGAAGCAAUUAAUCUUUUUGUGGAGUUGCUUUUCAACAGCUUCACGUUAAGUCCAAAGCCGUGGCUUACUGCACACUCUAUCAGACAGAGUCAAAGUAUAGAAUGAAUUAGUGACAGACCUGGGAAUCUUUUUGUCUUAAGUCCUUUCAUAGACUGACAUCUAUAGAGUCCUUCGUUAAAUGGUCGCAAUCAAAAAGAAGCGCUUAAUCUUCCUUACCCGGUACGGUAAUCUCUUCCUAAUGCCUGGACUUCCUUCUAGUAUUUAUUUUAUUUACUUCACUCUAAAAAUUACAUAUGUAAAAAGAUAAAUCCUGUAUGUAAUAGGCUAGAGUCAAAGCCAUUGAAUUGAUGAAUCUGAUCCUCUAUCCGCUAACUUCUCUUUAGCCUCUGACUGCCUAAUCACCGGAGGCCUGUCAGUCAUAAGAUCGGUUGAAGACUUCUAUUGACUUGCAUUCCCUUACUUCAUCAGAUCAAGCAGCAAUUUAGUAGUCAGAUUGACUUACACUGGUUGCUGGGACUAUACUAUAAGGCUCCUAUUCACAGCCUUUGAAUUCCGUCCUCUUACUCUCUUUCUAUUGCAAGUCGUACUUGAUUGAAAGAAGGCUAGCCCCUCUGAUCAGACAGCAAGGAUGCAAGCCACAUUAAAAUCAAAGACAGGCCAGACGGAAAAAGUAAGAUUUAUCAAGCCAGUCAAUCUAUCCAAAGAGCCUACCCUACGCCUCCUAUAAUAGAUUCCGCUCCAGCUGCUGUGUAAAAGCAUCAAGCAAAAGGAAAUAACCGGCCUAAGGAAGUAGCUCGACUUAGUAGUAGCAUUCCCGAGGAAAAGAAAAGGGCCUAAGCCUGUUUAGUUCCAUCUCCUUCUUAUCCGUUACAGUCGAGGGCAGUAGAGUUUGAAUUUGCUUUCUUUGUAGGCUAGGGGCUGGAGUCCUAGGUUAAGUUCUUCCCCUCUCGGUUUUCCUAACAAAAGUGUCAGUGGGUACCGCGCUUGCUACCAGACUAAGAAAGUGGAGCAAUAGACGUUCCACUUGUCCUCUUCCUUGCCCUUAUUCUGAGUGAGGACAUAUCCUAAUGUAAUGGUAAUGAACUAGACGACCUCGGAAGGAACCAUUAGAGGAGAAGGGUGGUCGUAGAUCAGGUGAGGAAGGUUACUGGCCCAAUAUGAAGGAAAACGUAUAAGAUUCUGUGAGUACCUGUUGCUGUAUGAGAUCUCUAAGGCAUGCAUACCAAAUGUAGAGAAAGUUAGAGGAAAGCCUUCAAGUAAUUUAAGCUUAUUCGUCCAAACAUUAUAUUAUAUAGGCCUGACCCUGGUUGUGGGAAAGACUUUUUCAAUUGCCAUUCCCGAUCGAAAAAGAAAGCCAGGAAGCUAGACCAAGGAAGCAAACCUCCGCGUGUUAUGCGAGUUUUGUCUAUGGGAAUUUGAAAGAUGUUUAUAGGAAUAAAAGAACAUGGUUUUGAUUCCUAUAGGGACUAGCAAACUUGUCUUGACCCCUAUCCUAAAAAGCAAAGCGGGGCCAAGAAUCUACUGCAACUAGCUCUAAGCUAGAUACCAGAAGGACACUUAACUGGAAGGGAAAAUGCCCUGUUAGCAGGACAAAUAAAGACUUUUUGCGAGGAAUGUUUUCGCACAUAGGUAACCACUAGCCGGCAAAGCCCUCCGAGAUGCAAGAAUGGGAAGGGAGUCAAAGACUGAUUGCCCUAAGGGAUUUAUUGGUGUUAGCACUUUCCCUCUUACCUUCGUCACCUUGCCUUGGGUCCUUACUCGCUGUUGGGAUAGAAGCCAGCUUAGUCUCACUAUGUUCAACUAAGCCACUUUGUCCCUUACAAGAAGAUCACUAGUAUAAGAACCACACCCGCGGCCAGAGAAAAAAUAGGGUUUGCACAAUUCCAUUUCUAAUAGAAUGCCAUCUUUAGCAAAAGCAAAGGAGGAUUGAUCUACGAAUGCCGGGUUAUCGAAUCUCCUGUUAGGCGCGCCAGCCCUGUUUUCAGGAAUUAUUGAAUCAGAAGCAUCUCGGGAGUCAUAGACUGUUUUCGACGUGAAGAAGACUCGGUUGUAGAUCGCUAGGCCCCUUAUUAAAAAUUUCUAUAGGAAGAUUCAUAUGAAAGGCUAGGCACCUUCCCCCCGGUCAAAUAAGGCGCACCUUUCAUAAAGUUUGAUAGAACUAAUGCUACAUCUGAUCUGCUAAUAAAAUGAGAUAUUCUAUCUCUUCCUCGGAACAGGUGAAUCAUAAAUUUUAUUCACCUAGGAGAACGCUUGAAAACACGAUUAGGAUAGACCUUUUCCGCGCAGUACCACACAAUGAAGUUGAUGGCAAAGCGCGAAGAGCGGCCAAUAAGACAGGAAUUCCAACGGUUGGCCGGUUGCAAACCAAACGCGAAAAUUCAAGGGCAGAUUCUAUUAGGAUUACUUGAUAGCCGCCUUAGCCUAAUAUAGAGGAUAGAGGGCUGACAAUAACAGAUCUCUUUUCUUUCCCUAAGGCUUUAGUUGCUUUGUCCUUGCUAAGCCUAUAAGCGCCUAAGUGAUUGUGAAGUCUGAUUUGUUCCCGAGGGAUUCUAAUAGACUUUCUGGACUCCUCCUUUUUAGCGAGUGUAGGAUUUAUGUUACAGGUCUGGGGUUCCCGUUAUCACUAGUCUUAGUGCCCCUAGAUUCUAUAAAUCUUCUUUUGGUGGACUCUGAGGCUAUGUUAUAGUAGGAAUGCUUGCUGGCUUGCACUUUAUCUUAGACGUCUAUCUCACUGUGAAACUCCUAGUUCUAAGACUAGGGAUCCGUUGACUACGCAUCUUCAUCUGUAUUUUGAUGAUAGUCAUAUGGACCCAGUGAAGCGCCGCUGUCCCUAUGACUUUUGCUCUUAGCUGCUGCCCUAUCAGGUAUGUUUGUUGGUUUGUAUCUUGUUUGUUUAGGAUCUCCUGCUUUGUCGUUACUUCUCGCGAUGUCUAUAGCAAGGUAGUCAGCAAAUCGGACAUAAUAUAUUUCUUCUACACAUGGGCAGGGCGAACACAUCUAAGCGAUUCAGCAUUCGUAGGAAUGGGGAAUAGAAAAUAGAGUACGAAGGGACUAGUUUUAGAACUUUUAUUAGUCAGCUAGGAAUCAACAGGAUGUCAUUACUUUAAAGCUGCUAGCUUAGCGAAUCCCCUUUUUGUAUUGGUAUCAAUGCACAAAUGCUCAUCUCUAUCUGUAUACAUUGCUUGAUUAAUGCAAUCCUCUUGCUUCGCAACCCUCCCUUCUGUCUCAAUCGAUCGUGUCCUGACUUAAUCCAUUAUCUUCCCUUCCUUAGUAACGGGCAGCAGCAGAAGUAAAUAGACAGCUAUAAGUCAAUAUGCGCGCUAUCUAUCUUUUUUCCCCUAUCUCUUGCAAUCGCUCUUCUGUCAACUGGAGAGUCUCUCCUUUCUUUACAUGACAGUUUACCGACUCAACCCAUCAUUUCUACCGGAAAAUGGGACUACAUAUCAGACAUUUUCAGCUGGAGCUGAGCGAGGAUCGGAUUCUGAGACUCGAAACAACUCGGCACUUGCAUCGGUGAAAUAACGUAUAAUAGAUAGACCUGGAAAUCGAUGCUUUCUGGCCCCUCACUUCCGGCUUGAUUAAGAGGUUGAGGGCGCCUCCCCUCUCUCUGGAGUUCGCCGCUUUCUUCCUGUGAGUGAAUCCUAUCUCUUCCAUAUGUGAAAUUUUCCUUUCAAGCAACCACAUUCAUUCAGCAGUGACAUCGAAAUGUGAGAUUGAAGCCUUUUCCUUCGCAUUUGCUUGUUAACAACGAGCCAACCUUCUGAGGGUUAGGUGAAGGUCUCGUUCCUGGACUGUCCAUACAUAAGAAUAGUAUUAUUUACCGUAGUAGCAACAAUUAGAAUUACUAAUUAAUUAUAUAAGUAAUAAUCCAUCUGGAAAGACAGCAUUAGAUACCUCAGAACUAAGAAGAAUGCCAGCCGAUGAGCAUAGGUAAGGGAUGACAAGCCUUAUUUAGGACAGGAAGGAAGAGAGCAUUACGAAUUGCCCUAUUUGAUCUAGUCUCUUCCAUUAUCAAUACCCGUACAUACAAAGAUCGUUGUAGCAAAGUACGAGGCACAUUUCCUCCCGAGCUCACAUUAGUUCUUCAGUGGGUGAGUUUUACAUUUAUCAUAGCUCUAUCUAAGAUAAAGUAAGUUAGAGUGGUCUGCUCCUCUAACUAGAAAUGAAAAUGUCGUAAGUAAGAGAAAGGAAGUUGAUCUGCCUUUCUUCGCGCUGACUCUGCGUAAAGUGAGAUGUGUGAUAGCUGGCAUGGGACUGUUUACCAGCAGCUAAUUGUUCAUCAUGCUUUCUCUGUGUAAAGUGCUGAUAAUUCUCCUUCCUAAUGCUAUCGGCUUCCUCCCUGGUACUGUAUGGGCCGAGCCUAGCUCCUGGGUAGGGGACAGCAUAUAGCGGCGCGACACGCGCGUGGAAGCUCUCGCGACUCUUCCCAGUUAAGUUUCCUUUGUGCAUCUUGUCUUUCCCAAUUCUUUCUUGGUUGAUAAACCCAACCGGCAAUUGACAACAAACAAGUCUCCCCUUUUUGGUUGGGAGCAGAGCUCUUUUUGAACGGUUUCUGUCAUGUCUCCACUAAUUCCAAUUUUGGGUUCCGUAGUUGGUGCUUUUGUAGGACGGUUGCUCUAUUUUGGAUCAGAACAAAGCAGCAGUCUAAUGACUAUCCCCCUUUAUGGGAUAGUCUUGUUUUUUUGUUGUGCGCUCCGGGGUUUUUUUGGGGUCUCAUUAACUAGACGUUAUGGAAGGGGACUCGUCUUGGUUAUCGAUACGUGCCUUUAUUUUCUGGUCGCCUUGUAUCUUGGUUCUUUUAGGAUUUAUACGGGCUUACUAUUGCUUUCAAUUAUUUGUCCAGUAGUUUCGAACGAAGGAGGUGUAAUCCUUUCUAUGGUUUCGGGGGAUGGUUCGGCGUCCAGCGUGAACCAGCCGACGCCUACCUAUUCCACACAGCCGGGCUCGUCCUCCGAGACGGGGGAUAAUGUAAUUCCUCCUUCUCCUGGAGAAGGGCCGUCCCAUCAAGGGUCUGUUGUGCGAAAUGAAAGGAAUCGUCAAUGCGAUUUCGCAUUGUACGGCUCGAGCUGGACAAUAGCCCCUAUUUGCUGGAUAAGGCAAGGGGAGACUAUUGGGCUCAAAGAUGUUGUUUCGACGUCUCCCUCAGGGAUUGGUCAGUGGCUUUGGGUAUACCGGUUCGGAGAGAUCGACGAGCACCUCACACAGCCAUGCCAACCGCAAGCUUUUGAAUAAAAUUAGGGGUGAUCUUUGACCGGCCGAUGCAGCGGGAAACUACCCCGUAAGAACAUUGUAAAGUCCAAACUCCUUUACAAAAAGGAGACCAUCCAGUAAGUGCCAUAGGACUGGUUGAGAAAGAAGAUGCCGGCCGAUACAGAAAAUAGAGGACUGUUAGCAGAAGCAGUUUUAUCGCAUUUCUCGUCUCUCGCUUAGCUCUGUGUCCUCGCCGCUGUUGGAGUAAAGGCAUGCCCUGGGCCAAGAAAAGUAGUCCUUUCAUUGGCUAACGGGAUUACGCUUAAUGGUACUUAAUGGGAUAGACCGAUCAUCGCUUUCUUCCUUCUACUAGUUCUGGAGUCAAGCUAGCAAACAAUUUAUUAGAUAUAGGUCAAUCACGGAUUCAAGCUAUAGCAAACAAGACUGAUAGUCUAUCCUCAGCAGCUGAGCUUCGCUAUACUAUAAACUCAACUCAAAGACAGAAAUUAGCAUAUAAUGAAAGAUGGAUUAUAAGUACGGUGAAACCUGUAUCCCAAUUGUUAAAUCAAAAACAUAAGGUAGUUUACUUACUUAGUGCUUGCGCUCGAACGAUAACAUUCCUUUUCUCUCAACAUCAUCAGGCACCUCUUCCCUCCGCCGGAAUCAGAACCGUUGAUUCUUUCUUGGUUCAUCACGCCCGUCGAUCUUGCCGGAGAUUGAAGAAGAAAGAAUGAAAGACGGCGGUGCGGUAGGGUUCUAGAGAGAGAGAAUGGCGUCGCCGGCGAAGAUGCAGGAGCAAGUAUUGGAGAUCAACUUGAUCUCAGCACAAGGACUGCAGCCACCUUCGUCUCCACGGCGGAGGCUCCAAACCUACGCCCUCACAUGGAUCGACCCCUCCACCAAGCUCCGAACCCGAGUCGACAAGGUUGGCGGCCACAACCCUACCUGGAACGACAAGUUCCUCGCCAGCGACACCUCCGGAAUCUCCGUCGCCAUCUACGCCGUCGGCACCUUCCGCCUCAUCGGCACCGUCAGGUUCCUCAUCAGCAACAUCCUCUCCUCUCCCGCCGACCCCGACGCCGCCAGAACACCCUGCUUCAGCGCCGUCCAGAUUCGCCGGCCGUCGGGGAGGUUCCACGGCGUCAUGAACAUCGGCGCCAUGGUCGUGGAAGCCUCCGACUUCCCGGCGCUGCACAAGAUCUCGGCGAUAGGGUACCGCGACCUCAUGGGAAUGAAGAUAAAGCACCACCGGAGGAAGCGAAACCGAAGCCCGCGGCGGCGGCGUUGAAGGAGUGGAACGGGGUGAGGGAAUUGGCGGGAAACAAAGGAUUAACGGCUUCGGGAUUCUUGUGCUGCUUGGUGGCCCGCAGAAGUAUCCAACUCACUCCCACUAACCCUGCCAUGGAAAGGUAAACCAACAAUAAAGCUACAACCCUCUCUCAGCACAGCCUGGGAAACCUCUUAUCCUCUACCUUACCUCGACAAAAAAAUCUAUUGGUGGAUUAUUGUCUCGGGAGGUAGAUGGAGUGGAAUAGGGCUACUCCACCUGACUCACGGUCGCUCCACGGGAAAGCACCACUAGGAGACGAAGCAAGCCGAGGCUUUCGAGGCAGAUAUCGCCAUUACACGGUAGUAGGGAAACCGGUCCUUGUAAGCAGCACUAGAGAGGGGAUAGAGACUCGAGACUUCAAACUAAUGUCCUUCUUCCUCUGAGCCAGGUUCCUUGUAGAGUCUAUCUACUAGAGACAUUAACGGUGCUCACCCGGUUGGGAAAAUUCAAUACUCGAAUGGGGAAAGCCCUCCAUCGUACAGUUCGGCGGACACGGAAGAGCUAGUUCAUAGGGCUCGUCCUUUCUCAAUAUGGGCAUGGGACCGCCAAUCCCGCCUUAGGAAAAGCUCGGGAUGAUGAUGGGGCUAGCAACCGGUCCUCCAAGAAGCUAGAUCUCUUGGGCGCUUUCUUUCCCUUGUAGCCAAGUCAUACUCAUUCCGUACGACGAAUGGGCCUUCGAGGUCGGAACUCAUCACACAUUACUGGGUAGAUCCGUUGGGGGAUAAGGGUUCUAGUUCAAUAAAGGUGCUUCUCAUUAUAUCGAAUAAUAAGUUAGGCCUGUAGUGUUCAUUAAAUUAAUUAAAUUAAAGGAGGUACUGAAGCUCAAUCUCCCGAAGUUGACGCGAAUUUUUAUGUUGAUUGGUAAUAGACCCCCGUAGAAAGCUACCGCAUUGCAACCAGGGAGUUUAAGAUAGCUAUGCAUGGGUUUUUAUAGCUAUAGCUGACGAUAAAAGGCUGUCUUUUAAAACUAAAACGUCAUUCAAAAAUGAUUUUUAUUACAUAUGCAGGAAUAGCUGUCAAAAUCUUAAAUAAAUACGAAGAUAUAGACAGGAGCAGGAAGGUUUUGUAUUGUCUGGUCCCGAGCCCGCCUUACAAAAAGUGCCAGCUGCUGAACCUGUCAAGUGGAAGCGUAGAAGAGUAUUGGCGAGCUCAGAGGCUAACCCGACAAGUAACUUCCGAUAUUUUUAUGCGGAAAACGGGAAAUGGCUCGGAGAAUCGUCGGCCGGUAGAGGAAUCGGAGCUUUAUAACAUUUCAGUCUACGAUGAAACCGCGACGAGUACUUAUUUUUUUGUUUUGCCAUUUUGAGGAUCUUGAUCCGACUGAAAUCCGAAAGCAGCAGCGGGUCUUCAAAUCAAAUCGGGGAAUCACGGGCGUGGGUAAGGGUUGGGGCCCCAGCGGUCUUUGUAUGGGAACCUCCACAGUUGGUGGCGGGAAGACUUUUGAUCAAUAGAACAAGAAGAGGAGUCAAACCCAACAGGAGCAUGCAAAUCAAAUAUUUUCAUAUCUUAUUGAAGGGCGUCCGAAGAAGUCAAACUCGCGGUGAGCAAGACACUGAACGCUCACCUACCUGUAUCCGCUUUUUUAGAAGAUACAGAUAGUACUAGUCUCUGUUUCGGCCUUCGAAUCCAGUCUACUGAAAAAAUGGCCAAAAGUAGUCUGGCCGAAAAGCGGAUUCGGGAACUCUUGGGACCCGAAAUGGGUCAAAUGUCCCUGGAAUUUUAAAAGGGCUGGGGCCCCAUAUGCGUGUACUUUGCUUCGCGAGACUUUAAGGCAUUUGGCGAUUUCUCGCAGGAGCAAAUACGUAGCAUGGCCCAACAGACGAGAUCCCAUAGGAGGAUUUCGUCUGAGAGCCCAAUAUAUCAUGGGCGGGCCCCGAAUUGGCGCAGCCACCAUAAGACCCAUGGGAGGCCUACGCCCAGGUCAACAGGAUCCUUUAUAAAAAAAGUGAUCCUAAGCGCACUCAUUUUCCAAAUAAUUAAUGCUAUCUGUAGACAGUUUCACCCUGAGAUCGAUGCCAUGCUGACGCCCUGGUUCCGCAGAAUCUUUGGCGUCAUGCAUGAGAUCGUAGACAGGGUGGUUUCUGGGGAGGAAGGGGCCCCAAUCCCGGAAGAAAGAGUUAGUGCACUGCAUCUAACUCUUUUUUUUUGCUGCCUCUUUCUGCUAGUAAAGCUCGUCGGGCCGAACUAGAUGAGCGCGCGAUCAUCGAAGAGUCAGUGGCCGAAAGGGACAAGAAAUAAAUAGCUUUCUUGGAAAACCUUGGGAUCGAGCUCCAUAAAAAUGGUCCCGAGGCUAUCAAAACCAUCUUUCGCCCCGCGCCGCCCUCGAAUGGUCAACAGGAUUAAAGAGGCCUACACAAGUGUAUACUUUAUCAAUCAGGCUACUCCCCGAACAUGCCUACGGAAGGUAGGGGAAAGUAAGGACCAGAUGAGCAGCUUCUAAUGAAUUG